ACAAGCGUGCUUCGCUCGUUACAGAGAUCCUUUGGCGUUUCGUCCUCCUUCGUCGAUGCUAGUCUACCCGUUACCUCGCGAAAUCAAGUGGCCCGAAAUCGGAAAAGGUCGCAACCAAAGAAAACCGGCAAGAGUAUAAAGGGAUCUCUUUCAAAAGUAUCUCAAGAUUACUGAAAUCUUUAGAAUGUCGACUUGGAUAUUUGAGAUUUUUCCAAUAAUUAUAUCGACGAAAAUGCAAUAACAACGAUAAUACUAGCGAAAAAAGGCUAAUCAUAUCUGCAGUAACACAACAAGAACACCAAACGUUAUUUCCUUAUUGCUGAUUUUCAUAUAAAGAAAAGAGGAGAUGCGAUUGGAUCCAACAUUCGAGUACGCACUCGAGUUCCUUGCCGGCUUAUCGACAAUUUUCCAAAGGAACGUGUUACGACGGACAAUUACGACGAUAACGAGGAGGAAGAGGACGACGACGACAACGACAACGAUAACGACGAGGAGGAGGAGGACGACAAGGACGACUUGCUGUUCUCGGGAGGGAUAAGAACGCAAGAGAGGCGCGAUAGAUCGUCGCGACGAGAUCUUCCCUAUACGAGAGAUCUCAACGAGUCGGCCAAUGUCGUCGGAUAUUAUUCAUUAUUGGACCCCGCCAAACUUUUAAAUGGUGCACUUCUCCGAAGGGCUUAGUCGUAGUGCAGCAUUAAGUACGCAUAGAAAGUGUCCAAGGAAGUCGAGGAGACCUUAGAACCCUAGACUUUUUCUUACUUUUGUGAACUUUAGAGAUUAAAAAAAAUAGUAAGAGAGAGAGAGAAUCUGUAAAGAAAGGAACGAGCGUAAUACGCGUAGAACAAGUGUCCUUGAUUUGGAAGAUAAAAAAUCAAGAUAAGGUAGAAUAAGAAAAAGAUCAAGAUCGAUAUUAAGCAGGUUGAUGAGGAAUCGGUGAAUCGAUCGUAAAAAAGUGGGAUUGCGAAGGUCGAUCCUGCGUGUGCCUUGCGCGUAUUCGAAGGGAGCGCGAAUGGCCGGGAAAACGAGCAGGGUGUACCCGAUUACGGUGGUCCAGCGUGUCGGUCAGAUCGAUCCCGAAGCACCGGCACCGGAUCGUUGGUAAUGGGGGGUUUAGGCGAGGAUGCCUCCUUCCCGUCGUCGUCAUCGUCAUCGUCGCCGUCGUCACCGUCGUUGCACGCUGUCGUCGCGUUAUCCUCGUGUCCGCGUUUUUGUCGUCGUCGCCGUCGUCGCCGUAGCCUCACCUCGCAGCUGUGCAAAUCAAAGAAAUCUUUCAUCGCAGCUGAUACCCAUCGAAUUAGAUCCGUUAUCCUUACGGUCUUCUUCCUUAUUUUCCGUAGCAUUGAGAAAACUAAUAAGAAGGAGAGAAGAAAUAAUAGUAUUGGUAGCAUCGAUAGUAGAGAUAGUAGGGAAACCGAGACCGUUCGUAGUCAUAGUAUCUUCGCCUCGGAGAGGAAAAAAAAGGAAGGAGAUAGGGUGCUCCUUGGAUCGGCCCCUAGAGAGCCAGAGCAAAAGAGAGGAAAGUGGAGGAGGUGGUGGGGGAGGAGGAGGUGACUCGCCGCCGAGAUGCACCAGGUGCCGUACGGAGUGGGACUCACCUCGAACGAAGGUCGAAUCGCCAAGUUCCGAGAGGAGAGCCAAUGUUACCGGCAAUGGCACCGUCAUCACCAACGACAACGGAAUCAACGACAAAACCAAUAUCACCAGCAACAUUAUCAGCAGCAGCAACAACAGCAGCAGCAGCAGCAGCAGCAACAACAACUACAACAACAAAAGCAACAACGAUGGUCUCGUUGCCGGCCUCGUCGAGAGGAAGAAGGUGACAACGUCGUUGUUUGCGAACGACCGAGACGAGUCUUCGAGUAUACAGAAAAAAGAGACGAAAAUACGCGACGCUUCCACGUUCGGUCGCCUAAAUUGUUCUCCGGAUAUGGGGGCUGUCUCCUGAUACCUUCCAAUUUUCUUCUUAUCGGACUGGUCUUAUGUUACCUUACCCUACCAUCCGUCCAACCGAGACAGGACAAUCAUCAGACCUGUCCCGGGUGUCCUCAUCAGCAACAGCAACAUCAGCACCUUCACGAAAUCCAUCGAGGUGGUGGCAAGCAUGGGACUGCGCCGAGUCCCGACGACCUCAGAUUGGAAGCGAUCAAACAUCAGAUAUUAACGAAAUUAGGCUUAAGAACACGGCCUGACGUUAACAGGACUUUGGCUGCUGUACCGAGGCACCUCGCUUUGGAGACUUUAUAUCGAGCCGAAGCUCAAGCACCACCGCAGUAUCCAGAAAGAACGCGGAAUGAUCACGGAACCGAAUAUUCCGGUGAAUUUCUUUACGGUGGCGACGAGUACUCGUAUAAGAAUCUUGAUCAGCAAAACGAGGAGACGACAACUGAUGGUAAUUCCAGAACUACCACGUCCUACCAGGGGUACGGGGAUUACGACACUAGAUCGGGACACGAGCCUCAGGAGGAGUUGGAUGAUUUUUACGCGAGAACAUCGGAAAUUAUCACUUUUGCCGAACCCGGACGUACGCUGAACGGACAACCAUUACUAGAAUUUCCAAUGUCCAGCGGCGAACCGGCAUUAGAGCCUCUAAGGAUCAAACGGGCGACCCUUUGGACACGAGUAGAAUACAGACAAGCCCAUCACUAUCAACAUCAUCGUCAGGGUCAAAGCAAUCAAAAGAACAUCACUCUCUGGGUAUUUAGGGUGCGUUGUGGCAAUACAACGCAUUUGCGCGGCAAGGAACUCGGGGAGCAUCUCGAAAUGGUGACGCUCCUAGGCGUGAACAUUGGUCAAUUGGGCUGGCAGAAGUUCGAUGUAACAAAGGUCGUCAGCAAUUGGUACACAGCUAACGUGAAUUCACCGAGGGAUAAACUGACGCUUUUGGUGGACUGCACAGGAUGUGGCACGCACGUUCACGUGUCGACCUUCGGCGGGCACUCGCCACACGUGAUCGAGUCCUCGUUAAAUCCAAAAGAUGAUCAAGAUCCUGACAGGCCUUUCCUCGUUGUACGUACGGAUCCAGCGGCUGUGAAACGUGUUAGAAGACGAGCGAUCGAAUGCAGCGGUGCGAUAAAAGGCCAAUGCUGCAAACAAAGAUUCUACGUUAGCUUUUCACAACUCGGAUGGGACGAUUGGAUAAUCGCUCCUCAAGGAUAUUACGCGAAUUACUGCAGAGGCGACUGCGCGGCGGGUCACAGAACGCCGGACACGUUCCUAAACUAUUACACGCACGUGAUCGAAGAAUACAGGAAGAUGGAUCGACUCGCCGGUAUGCAGCCCUGUUGUGCACCCCUCAAAUUUUCGCCGAUGUCGUUGAUAUACUAUGGACCAGACUCAAACAUCAUCAAGAGGGAUCUCCCAAAGAUGGUGGUAGACGAGUGUGGAUGUCCUUAAUUUAAGCUCCGCUGAUAGGGAAAAAGAAAAAGAAAAAAAAAAAAAGAAAGUAAGAAAGAGGAAAAAAGAAAAGCAAAAGAAAAAGAUAGAACAAAAUUGAGCCCUCCCCUGGAAAAAAAAAAAAAAAAAGAAAUCCUCCUCCUGCUCUUUAUCACGAUUUAUCGAAGAGCUUUCGACUUCGUACGUUCAUCGUUGUCAAACUCUUCGAAAAUGAAUUCGUGCGAACGCGAUCGAAAUUUCUCGAUAAGAGCUAAGAAAAAAUGGUUUCAUCGAAAACGCGAUCGUGUUAUCUGUUAUAAUUUCGUAACUAAAUGAUUAGGAGAAUUAGAGGAGGGAAAUAAAUUAGAGGAGGACGAAAAACGAAAAAAAAAAAAAA